AUGACAGAGGUCGAUGACAAGGAAUUGGAUUCAGAAACGAAAACUAAUGGGAAUUUCAAAACUUACUAUCACGUUAAAUUAGAUCAUAAGCAAAUUUUUCCUUAUCAGCAAGUCAAAUUCUUUGUACAUUACAUGGCUGGUAAUGUUUUUGUGAAAAAUGAUGCCUAUGAUAAAAGAGCAUUAAUACAUUAUAAUGAAGAUAAAGGGGAAUAUAAAAAUAUAAAUUUAAUUUUACCAUUCGAAUUUCGAAAACUUAACAUUCCAUCAUCUGUUCCAAUGGUUGCAGCAUCUAUUGCGGCGGCACAAUCUCAAAUGGAAUCUAACACAUCGCCACUACAGCUAAUUUCAAUUCUCUUAACAUCCAUUGUCCAAAAAUUAGAAAUUUCUCAACUAAUAUAUGUACUGUAUGAAGUCCUGCGGUACUUUCAUGUUGUACAGCAAUCAAUAGGUAAUAUUUUGAUGAUUCGGUGGAUAAGCGGGAUCCCACCAUCACUUCUGAUUGGGACUUGA